CUGUCAAGCCGAGGUGGAGACGAAGGGGUGCUCGAGAUCGUGCACUGUUUGCGCGUGUCUGUUCUGUGUGUGGAUGCUAAAAUCUGAAGAAUUACCAGGGAAAUUAAAUUCACGUGUAGGGCCUACGUGUAAUUCAACCAUAACCAGAUGUAAAGAUGUGAGUGUGGUCUGAGGCAGCUGUGAUCCCAUGCUUCAGCCCCCCACCCACCCCAGCACCACACUAGAAUGUACUUGAACUUGCCUCCAGUCGCGGCUUUGCACACAGAAUGGAGGUCAUCGUGCGGUGGUCUGCCCAGAGGCUUUAGCGGUCUGCCCCUGUGCUUCAAUGACUCUGACAGCGACUUGUCCACCACUGGAACACCCAUCUCAGAGAAGGUCCAGAUGAUCAUAGAGAGCCUAAGGAGCACCCAGUCCUCACUCAACAUGGGCGACGAGACCGAGGGGAACCAAGUGCUAUCAGGGCAACCGGUACAGGAGGCUGGAGCCCGGGGCUCCCAGGGCCAAGGCUUCAAGUUCCGGAGGGGGCCUCCUGUGGUUAUGGGACCCAAGCCCAAAUUCAGAGGCCCUCUUCCUCUCACUGAUAACUUGCUGGCACUGCCAGAAGUUUCCUAUAAUGUUGAUUCAGAGAGUUCUGACGGCGAUGACUCUGUAGAUAGAGGCAUCGAGGAGGCCAUUCAGGAGUACCUGAAGGAAAAGGAUGACCACAAACGCAAGGCUGAGCCAGAACCAGCCACUAAUAUUUUACAGCCACCGAAGAUUCCCCGGAGGGAGGCUGCUCCAACCUUUCCAGAACCUACUAAACAACAUUCCGACAGCAAUAAGAUUUUAACUGCCAGCAACCAGGUUCCGAGAAGUGUCCAAACAGAGACACACAACACAGCACUACCCAUGAAAAAAUGUUUGAAAAGUAAAAUACCCACCUGCAAAGAGAAUCCCUUUAAGAAACUGGACACAAUAAGCAACACAGUGGUGGUAAAAAAACAAUCUUUGGAACAGAAGAGAGGCCCCUCUAAUUCCAACCCUCUCUCUGACAAACAGAAGAGAGGCCCCUCUAAUUCCAACCCUCUCUCUGACAAACAGAAGAGUCCUGUACUGAAAGCAGUGAAGUUGGAGGAACACUUGUCUGACACUGACAGCAGCAGCAGUAGUGAUGACGGCAUUGAGGAGGCUAUUCAACGUUACCAGCAGGAGAAGAAGAAAGAGAGACAUGAAGGAGGCCCUAAGUCCUCCAAACCCCUUCUCGUCCUCAAAGAGGAGUCAGACUCCAGCAGCAGUGAUGACGGAAUAGAGGAGGCCAUCCGCCACUACCAGCUGGAGAAGCAGAAAGAGACGGGUGUACCGACGCUCUCUCUAUUUCUAUCCAAACAAAAGCAAUUGGGUAAAGCAGCGGCUCCCCUGCACUGUUCAGAGAGCACAAGCACUCAGGCAGCAGCCAUGAAAAAACACAAACUGUCUAAAAAGAAGAAACCUGAGACUAGGGAUUUAAAAUCAUCUCUACCCUCUCAAACUCCUGGUUCCUCACUCUCUCUUAUCAAGAAGAGAUUAGCAGUUAGCAGCCCCAAAGGGAAUGGCCUCCUCUUGUCAACUAAAGUGGAGCCGCUGCGAGAGAGGGAGCAAGAGCAGCACACCACCCCAUGCCCAGCCACUCUGAAGGUGAACACCACCACCACAGCUGAGCUGAUGUGUGCUGAGGCCAUUCUGGACAUUUCUAAAGCUGUCAUUAAAAUGCCAGGGGCCUUUAACCCUAAUGUAGCAUCAGCAGGCCAUAUCAAUAUUAACAGUAGCUCCACGGAGUCCACCGCCACCACUUCUCUUAUCUCCACAAACUGCCAUGAUGAUGAUAAUGAUGAUAAUAAUACAAGUGAUGAUGAGAGCUCCAUUGAUAGUGAGGAUGGGAUCGAACAGGAAAUCCGGAAGUUUCUUGAGAAGAAAGCCCAAAUGCACAAACUGCCAUCUGGGCCCGGCUCAGAUGUUGGUACUACAAGUCCAGGUGAAACCAACACAAUAACAGAACCAGAGAAAAACACCAAACUGAGUCCGGCCCAGAAGAAAACACUGAGGCUAUCUGUGAAGCAGAAAAUAAAUCUCAAAGAGGAAGGUGGCAACAGGAGGGGUUCCAAGGAAGGAGAGAGUCAUCUCAAAAUGAAAGAAGAGGCACUCCGAAAGCAUUUGACCAAGCAUGACCAAAGGUCAAGGUCAUCUGUUUCCACCCUGAAAAAAUCCCCACUGAAAUCAGUGAGGACCUCAGAGAGGAGGGGGGAACCUAAGAGUGGAGACAAGAGUAGCUCACUGGACAGUGACGAAGACCUGGACACUGCAAUAAAAGACUUGCUCAAGACUAAGAAGAAGUUGAAAAAGAAGACUAGAGAUAUGAAGUUGAAGUCAAGGAAGGGCCUUGAGGAUGAGAAGCCGUUGUCUAGAAAAACAGAGUUAAAGAAGCUGGGUAUGGACCAUGUGCCGAAGACUACCAGCCUUUUGAAAACUAGCCUUAAAAUCACUACUACUACUGCCCAGAGUAGUAACAACAACAGGAAAAAAGGCACAUUUAGUACGAAUGUGUCACAGUAUCCACAGAGCAAUGAGAAGAAAGAGCCCCUCAACCAGACAGAUGAGAUGGACCGAUCUCAAGGGAACCGGGAUGUAGAAGGCCUGUCAAGAGAGACUAUCCCAGUUGUUCAGAUCAAGGAAGAGAGCAGUUCAGUGGACAGCGAUGACAGCAUCGAACAGGAGAUCAGAAAGUUCCUGGCAGAAAAGGCCAAGGUUUCUACUACCACAGUGAAAACAGAUGAUAGAGAGGAGAUCGUGAAUGGCAAGGGCAAAACAGCAGUCCCUCUCACGGAGAAAUGCAUCAAAUUGGAAAAUCUGCUGGCUGAAAUUCCAAGGAUAGAUGUUGCUCAAUUCCCUGACCUGCCUCGUCAGAGCAGUUGUGAGCAGAGAGGAGUUCCGGAAAGAGGAAUCUUUCCAAACACACCCCCUAUCCAGCCAGUGCCAGGAAACCACACCCCAGAAACAGCCAGGGGGUCGUGCCUAAUUUCAACCCUCACCCCCAGCUCCUAUCCUCCAGCGCUGGAGCCUGCCAAUGGCGCUGUGUCUGGGGCUGCCAGAUCAGAGAAGAGGAGGAUCUCUAGUUCAGAUCCAGGAAGCGGUGAUACCCACCAGAGUGCCAACUCUGAGAUGGCAAGGGAGCACAGCUACAGGUCAUUUCCCAGCACCAGCUACCCCUUGCCCAGGACUGACUCGGAGCAGUGGCGUAAGAGCCAAGUGAUCCCCACCACUGAGACAAAAGAGAAGAUCCAUAACAGGAACCCAUUCCAGUACAGCUCACCUAGUUUCGGUGAGAAGAGAGCCACCACUCCAGCGUAUCAGUGUGUAGUACCAGCCAGUAUCUAUUCGCGUAGGAGGAAUAUUGAGCCUGCACCGGAUACACCUGUCUCCACCCGACCUGCUGCUGUACGGACUGGGAGCAGCAUCAGAUCACCACUGGUUCCAUUCCACCGCCCCUCAUCCUCAGAGACCAUAUCUACGUCGGCUGCAGUCUUCAGCUCCCCGUUCCCCAGCCUGACCAGGAGACCUACGGAGACAGGACCAUCAGGGAGGUACUUCCUUCAGGGUCAUGAGUCAGGCAGCCGCUGGGGUCAAUCCCCAUCCCUGACCCCGGGGCUGUCGGAGAGCAGCGUGGUACACGUGGCCAAGGACAAGACGAUGUUUGUUGAACUGUUCACGAACGAGACCAACCACGUUCAGGUCAGAAGCAGGGAGGUGAAAGUGAGUGAGGGAAAGGAGGAAAGGAGGAGAGACUUGGCAGUAGGAGAGAGUGAGAGAGAAAGGGAGUGCAGGAAGACAGAGCAGAUAGGAAGACGAGGAGAGGAGUGUGUAGAUGAGACCGACGUCAGCGAGUCAGAUGAGAGGACGAGCCCAGAGCAGCAGGGCUUUCACACUUUGUCUCUGUCCAGCUCCAUUGACCCUGGUAUCACCCUCAGCCCUUACAUAGCAUUGAACACAGAGGAAAGGAGCAAGAGGUUCAGAUGGAUGUGUAAAGCUGUUGCUGUAAAUCAGCCAAAGAAGACCAAAUUUAAGAAACCUGUGAAGAGAAUACUCCAAUUUCUACCUCUAUCCAGGAAAAAUAAAUCAACUGGGAAGUAAAGCAACAGAAGCACAGAUGUUUUUUUGUACAGGAAGAUCUUUCAAGAUUUCUUAUCAAACAUUUAAAUGCGUAUAUGCCAUUUAGCAAAUGCUUAUAUCCAAAGCGACUUAGUCAUGCAUAUGAAAACUGUUAUUGUUGGUGAAGAGGGUUUGUCUGUUGUAUGUGAAUUGUUUGAUUCUGAAUUAUGUUGGUUAUGUUGAAAUUGCACUUGUUAUUGUUCAACAAUGUUUUAAUUAUUUAUGUUUGUUUAAUGUUUGUUUUUAUUUGGCUAUGGGUUCUCAAUAUUCAAAUUGACAGUUGUUGAAGAACGUUUUCGAUUUCAAUACAUUUUAUAGAUUGACUUCUACAUCACAUUCAUAUUAAUGUUAAAAUAUAAUUUAUUGAAGAAAAAAACAGUUCUGAAAAUCAACAUAUCCCAAAAAAUGUAGAUGUUACAGUAUUUGGCUAGAAUUUGACAAUAAAAUGUGUAGGCUACAAGCGAGUACAGUAUGGUUCAGUAACUGUGGUAUUACAAUUCAAUAAAGUUUUUGAAUGAGCAUUCAACUACAUGCGUGCUCAUGGGA